CUUAAAGGAUAUUUAUAUUUAAUAUACUCUAUAGCAUUCUCUACUAACAGCAGAAUGCUAGUAUCUAGUUCUUAUAAUAAUACUAUUAGACUCUGGAAUACUACUACAGGUGUCCUACAGCAGACUUUAGAGGGUUAUUCAGGCUUAGUUUACUUUAUUAUAUUCUCUGCUAAUAGCUAG